CUCGUGCUAGCAGCUAAUUUUUUACAGCUCAAGUACAACAUUCAUGGUUCAAAUAAUGAAAGAAGAAUGUGGCCGGCGCUUGCUCUGCUGAGUUUAGUGUUUCUUGCAACGGGCCCAGGGCCACCAGGACUCUGUGCUGUCGCUUCGGAACUACACAGCCACACUAUAGUUAAAAAUCGGACCUGCGCGAAGCGCGGCGAUGGCGCAUACUGCUCGCUUGGUAAAGUUCGCGGCUAUGUGGGCCUUCUGGACACAGCCGCCCAGCUCAAGGAGGCUCUGGAGGCAACAGCUUUCAAGAAGGAAAUUAUAGUGUUCGCGGAGACACGUAUGACUGACACCGCACAAAUGUUGGCUAGGAUGCGUGGGCAGGCCGGGUAUGGGCACGUCAUGGCGCUAAUGAACGAGGUGCGCGACUGCCAGCGGCUCGCUAGGGUGAUGAUAUCCGCGCACCAUGAGCAAGGACCGGUUAGCUGCGGAGCCUACACCAGUAAAGACGCCAGUGGCCAGGAUUACCCCACGGGCUGGUACCUCAUGGCCCGACAUAUGGGCUUCACGGCCUGGUGGAAGAAGUGGUUCACCGUGGCCCGAUCCGUGGCUCUGGGCUACAAUGUCCUAGCCGUGGACAGUGACGUGGUCGUGUUGGACGACUGGUACUGGCGCGCCAAGCAGCCGCCGCUCAGCAACUACCAACUGCUCAGCCAGGCCGAGUGCCCCGUGUGCAUCAACGGUGGUUUCUCCUACAUCCAGAACGCCAACCCCGCGGGCCCCGUGGCGUGGAUGUUCUAUGAGGCGGUGCACAGGGCCGUGCGCUGGACGGAGGACUGGAGCGCGGUGGCGGCCAUAUCUCCAGUCAGCGCGCCGGACCACAACCGUGUGGGCAUGGUUGACGACCAGACCAUGUUGACGGACGUGCUGUACAACUGCAUGGUGGGGCGGCCGCAGUUCAUGGCGCUGUGGUACUACGUCAAGGAUGACCCGGAGGCGCUGGCCAAGCUGCAGGUCGCUAGCGAGUCGGCUUACCGGGAGCGAAACACGCCCGCCAACAACUUCUCUGACUGGGUGUUCGACGUAGGUCCAGGGCUGGCGGGUCUGGUGCGUGAGAGCUUCUGGGACGUGAGCGGCGCCAACGGCGGCGUCAAUCUGGCGUCUGUGCGCUUGCGCUCCGCCACACUGCGCAUGCCUCACAGCGGCGGCGACUGGCCGCUCCCGCACGGCUCGUAUCCCUUCAACCGACAGCUUGGGCCGCGGACACAGGCCUUCAGGCAGGCUUUUAAGGACCUUGGUGUGCCGCUGCCGCCCGACCCCGAGGACCCCGCCACGGAGGCCAUCGCUCGCGCAACUAAGCCGGAGAACUUCACGUUCCUCAGUCUCGACGCCGGUGAGGGCUGGCGGCUGGGCGGCUGGGCCGAGUCGACCUGGGGCUCGUUGGGCCGCCUGGGCUACUGGCACAACCACCUGCAGCCGGCGCCAGUGCGGGCCAUGGGCCACAUCCACGCGGGGCUGUGGCCAGGCGAGGCGGUUCAGAAGCAGGUGGUGUUUCAGGCCACUGGCCACUUCGACUGGCGCGUGGCUGCCAGGCUGGGCGGCAGUCCCUCCCGCGCCUACUUCGCGGCCUGGCCGGGCACUGAGGCCUUUGCGAACGCGCAGCACGACCGCACAGUGGAGCUGCGGCGUGUGGUUGCGUACGGCCCCGGAGUUGUCACUGCCAGGCUUAAUAAGACGCAGUUCCUCGCGGCGGCGCGGGGGCUGGCGCAGGUGGCGGUGUCACUGGGGGCGGUGGCGGCGUGGCCGGCGGUGCCCUGCGACGCCGAGUGGGCCCUCAGCGACGUGGGUCGCAACAUGUCGCGGCCCAUCCGCCACUCCAUUCCCUGGCUCCACCUCAACACCAAGUUCGUGGUGAUGCCCUUCGGCGACAGCCUUGACACGCUGCAGUGCGAGUGGCUGGGAUUCGCAACUGCAGAGUGCCUGAUGGACAACCGGCGCGACGGCAGGGAUGGCGGCCGUGCCAUGACCGCCAUGGAGUUCGAGCACCUGGCCCGACGGAGGGAGCUGGAGCUGGCCGGGUACGUGCCGCAGAGCACGCCGUACAACCGCAUCAACGAGCUGGUCCACAUGGGCUCGCCGCUGCGGCACCUGCCCACCCCGAACAACACGCUGCGGCUUGGCUCGGUCGCCUCCGCGGCUGGCGCGGCACCCAGCAGCAGCGCUGACAGCGCCUCUGGCAUCGGCAGCAGCACGAGCAGCACCAGCGGCCCGUCGGCUCCGCAGCUGGUGGCCGUAGCGAUGUUGGAACUGCGGCAGCUGAAUGCGGAGAUGCUGAUGAUGAACCAGCAGCCGCACGAGCCCGUGCCCGUGUUUUGGCUGGACCGUCUGGUGGGGGAGGUGACGGGCAUGCAGGGGCGGGCGGCCGCGGCGUACGACACGUGGAGGCAGCGGUGUAGAGCCCUCCGCUACGAGGAGCUAGGGGAGUACGAGCGAAGCCUCUUCUAGCUGGUGCUGCACUGACAAGAGCAGGCCUACUGUUCCUGCAUCGAGGUUGUAGGAAUUGACGUGCGAUGCGGCGGGCGUGCAUCCGCGCUGUGAGACGCGCAUGUGUGCAUGUGUGCAAGAGCGAGCCUAGGGCCCAUGGGUGUUUACCAAGCGUGGCCGCCCGGGACUAUUGCAGCCUGGGGUAGCGGGGUCGCAUAGUAAGUAACGUGCGCAACAGAACUUUGGUGUCCGGUGGUGGCAGUGGUGGCUUUGGCUGGGCGUGCGAUGGGACAGGGUUUAGGCAGGUUGGCGAGGUCCCGUAGUGUGCAGCUGACGCCCAUACCCCGAGCAGACAGCAAACAAUUGGCCGCGGCAGGGCUGCGGGGGGUGUCUGUGUGAAUUUGUGUGGGUCACGACAUGCAAACAUGAGCUUGUGCUGCAACGACUGUGGUGGGGCAGCUGAGCUGCUGCGCAGCUGCGGUCGGAAUGGGUGCGGCCCAGACAAGGCCUGGGUAAGGCUUGAGGCCUUCAGCUGCGAUUAUGGGGGCACCCUAUGCGGGCCCCUGCCCAAACUGGUAUCUCCGAUCUCGGCCAGCACCACU